ACCAAAUAGUAAUUUCAGACGUCCUGCCUUGGCAGAAAUCCGCACUAGAUUCAAAUUACGUGCACUAUUUUCAACACAAAUAAUACAAGACGCUUCUCCUUCUGAUAUAUGUCAAACACUGACAAACUGCUCUGACAUGUGCGGACGAACUGCGUGCACUCUUGCUCCGGACGAAGUAAGUCGAGCCUGCUCCUACAGGGACCGGAGCGGACGGCGGAGACAGCCCCGCUGGAGGGACGGGGACGCAGACAAAUACCGACCCUCCUACAACAAGAGCCCGCAGUCCACGAGUCCGGUUCUGCUGUCGCACAGGCAUUUCGUAAAGAAUGCUCCUGUGGAUGAAUGUGUUUUGGCCUCCAUGCGUUGGGGUCUGAUACCUGCGUGGUUCAAGGAGAACGACCCGAGCAAGAUGCAGUACAACACUAGUAAUUGCCGCAGUGAGAAUAUACUCCAGAAGAAGUCGUACAAGGAUCCCCUGCUGAAGGGACAGCGCUGUGUCAUCCUGGCUGAUGGGUUUUAUGAGUGGCAGAGGAGGGAAAAAGAGAAGCAGCCGUUCUUCAUCUAUUUCCCGCAGGCCAAGGGGCCCAGCCUGGUCAAAAAGGAGGAUCAGGAAGAGCCCACGUCUCCAGUUUGCAAUAAAGAGAAAUCAGGAAUGUUCCACCCUCCAGGGGAGACCUCUCCUGGUUUAUCAGAGGAUGGAGAAGCACCAGCUGAGUGGACUGGAUGGAGGUUGCUGACUAUGGCUGGAGUGUUUGACUGCUGGACACCACCUGCUGGUGGAGAGCCUCUGUACUCGUACAGCGUUAUCACCGUGGACGCGUCUCCAAAUCUUGAAAACAUCCACGAUCGAAUGCCUGCGAUCCUGGAUGGAGAAGAAGAAGUGAGAAGGUGGCUAGACUUUGGGGAGGUGAAGUCUCUAGAUGCCUUGAAGCUGCUGCAGUCGAAAAACAUUUUGACUUUUCACCCAGUGUCUUCUCUCGUCAACAACUCUCGCAACAACUCCCCCGAGUGCCUGCAGCCAGUGGAUCUCAACAGGACAAAGGAGCCCAAACCCUCAGCAAGCAGCAAGAUGAUGAUGAGCUGGCUGUCUAGCAGUGGCUCUUUAAAGAGGAAAGAGUCGUGCAUGAAAGAGAGCAAAGAAGAGCCAGAGAGCAAGGCAGAGACGCCCCGCAAGUCUAGAGGAGCCCUGCAGCUGUGGCUUCAGGGCUCCAGCAAGAAACCCAGAACCAAGUGAAGCUAAAGAACUGACUCUGGAAAUGCAGCAGAUUAAGAUAUUCAGGACUCGUUUUUUUCUACUUCAA